GACACAGGACUUCAACCUCCCUGCAGAAAAUCCCUGACAUCUGACGUAGGAGGAUUUAUAGGUUUAGUGGAAAUUGCUUUCUCCUGCUCUCCAGAUUACAGACUGUGGGUUGAUUUUUUUUUCCCCGUGAAUAAACAUCUUUCUAAUAAUGAACAGACCAAUAAUGUCUUAAGAGAGAAAAAGAACAUCCUUUUCCUUUUUUUUUUUUUUUUUUUGCUGUUUCUUCAGAGAACCGUUUGGAUUUGGAAACCCACAUUGGCCAUACAGAAUAUGAAAGUUGGCGUUUUCUUUUUGUGGUGGGCGUGGGUUUUGCCUACUGAAAGCAGAGUGCACUGGCGAAAAAGAGACAUACAGGAGAUGUCGAAGAAAGGCAGCCCAAUUCUUAAACGAAGCCCUGAUAUUACAAAAUCGCCACUAACAAAAUCAGAGCAGCUUCUGAGGAUAGAUGACCACGAUUUCAGCAUGAGGCCUGGCUUUGGAGGGCCGGCCAUUCCUGUUGGCGUGGACGUGCAGGUGGAGAGCUUGGACAGCAUCUCAGAGGUGGAUAUGGACUUCACGAUGACCCUCUACCUGAGGCACUACUGGAAGGACGAGAGGCUGUCCUUCCCGAGCACCAACAACCUCAGCAUGACAUUUGACGGCCGGCUGGUGAAGAAGAUCUGGGUCCCUGACAUGUUUUUUGUGCACUCCAAGCGCUCCUUCAUCCACGACACCACCACAGACAACGUGAUGCUUCGGGUCCAGCCCGACGGCAAAGUGCUCUACAGCCUCAGGGUUACAGUGACCGCCAUGUGCAACAUGGACUUCAGCCGGUUUCCCCUGGACACACAAACGUGCUCGCUUGAAAUUGAGAGCUAUGCCUACACGGAAGAUGACCUCAUGCUCUACUGGAAGAAAGGCAAUGACUCCUUAAAGACAGACGAGAGGAUCUCCCUCUCCCAGUUCCUCAUCCAGGAAUUCCACACCACCACGAAGCUGGCCUUCUACAGCAGCACAGGCUGGUACAACCGUCUGUAUAUCAACUUCACGCUGCGUCGCCACAUCUUCUUCUUCUUGCUCCAAACCUACUUUCCUGCCACCCUGAUGGUCAUGCUGUCCUGGGUGUCCUUCUGGAUCGACCGCAGAGCCGUGCCCGCCAGAGUCCCUUUAGGGAUCACCACGGUGCUGACCAUGUCCACCAUCAUCACGGGCGUGAACGCCUCCAUGCCCCGCGUGUCCUACAUCAAGGCCGUGGACAUUUACCUCUGGGUCAGCUUCGUGUUCGUGUUCCUCUCGGUGCUGGAGUACGCGGCCGUCAACUACCUGACCACCGUGCAGGAGCGGAAGGAGCGGAAGCCGCAGGAGAAGCUUCCCUGCACCUGCGGGUUGCCUCAGCCGCGCGCAGUCCUCCUGGACGGCAGCUACAGUGACGGGGAGGUGAAUGACUUGGGCAACUAUACCCCCGAGAACGGAGACAAGCCCGACAGGAUGAUGGUGCAGCUGACGCUGGCCUCGGAGAGGAGCUCCCCGCGGAGGAAAAGCCAGAGGAGCAGCUACGUGAGCAUGAGGAUUGACACCCACGCCAUCGAUAAAUACUCAAGGAUCAUUUUUCCAGCUGCAUACAUCUUAUUCAAUUUAAUAUACUGGUCGAUUUUCUCAUAAAUGCCUGUAAUUCUAUACAUUUCACAUUCUUCUGUAUGUACUAUAGAAAUAAUUGAGUGAUGAGACAUAAUUUAAGGUUAUGAUGAGAAGAAAGCUCCCAGUACCCACCCUUCUCCAGCUUUCCAAAACUACACUGACAAGGCACUUACUGGUUUAAUUUACACUUGUUAACUGCUUAUUGUAUACACAGCAUUAUACUCGGUACUGAAGGUAUAGAGACACCCGGAGCAACUGAUGGUAGUUGUUAAGGCACCCUGGGGUGGGGUAGGCACACUGUAGUUCAACCUCUUUUAGACUCUAGAUACUUACUCAUACGAAUCAUAUCCUUUAUGUGAGUGUGACUCUAUUCGCUGGACCAGGUGGAUCUG